AUGAAUCAUAAGCAAGAUUUAAAAGUAAAAAUUCACACACAAACAAUGUUUUUUAUUCAUUUUUUGCCGCUCAUACUGUGUGAAGGCGACGAAGUGCCAAAAGACAAUCCAAUACAGAAUAUUGCAUUCGACAAGAACAGGAAAUCAGACAGCUACGAGGCCAUAUUAUUCUUUACUCGGGACGUUAAUCCCUCUCAAAUAAGUAUAAUGGGGUCAGAGACACCGGAUGAUGACGAGUCGUACACCAUUAUAAAGGUUAUGGACAUAGACUCAGACUUUGAAGAGACUCGAAAUAGACUGCAUGUUCCUUUGGACGAUGAUAUUCUCAUGCAAAAGGGAAAGACGUAUUCGAUACAGAUAAGAGAAGGCAACGAAAUCUUCCACAGUGAAGCGUUUCAAUUCGAUAAAAGUUCUGGUAAAUUCAAGCUAAGCAGAGAAAUGAAAUCGACGGGAGGUACAAAAGCUGGAUGGAUUGUUGCACUGGCUUUGGGUGCAACAGCCCUGUUCUUGGUGUUAAUUCUGAUCUUCGUCAGAUUGUGCAGAUAGAACGGUGAUAAAUAAAGCAAUCAUACAAAA